UGUUUCUGUGCCUCUGUGCCUUUUCCGCCGGCUGUGAGCUUGCAAAGCAACUUGUGAUUAACACAAGGGGCAAAACCACAGGGUGGAGGAAGCUUCAGAAGAGGAAAAACUGAAACAACAUUUUAGCCAUAGAAGAAACUAAAGCCUCAAUUUCUCAGCCAAGCAGAGGAUCCGUAGAUCUUCUUUGGCUGUACCAAAGCCAGGUUCAUUUUUUUAAAAAUGCAGAUUUGACCCAUGCUAAAAAGGUAAGAUUUGUUUCAUUUAAUUUUAUGUGUCUCAGAGGCUUCGCCAUGGCAAAAAUUCAAGUUCUUAAUGAGGCUGGGCUUUGGCCGUCGUAGUAGGAGCUGAAAUUCAGCAUUCCGAUUGCUUCCUGUAACAAAGCAGUACGAAACCCUGUUGUAAACUUAUGCUUCUUGGGAGAACCACUCUAUUAACUGGGUUCCAGCUUCCAGCUCCAGCCUCUUUAUACAGUUUUGAUUUACGCAUGGCGAAUCCUGCGGCAUGAGGCAGCUCAGGAGAAGUCCUAACAGAUUUCUCUGCAAGAGGAAAGGUCCAGCUCAUUUAGCUGAAGAAACCUGCACCAUUUUGUAUGCAUCUUUGACUGGAGGAUGCAGGGGAACCCGCUGAGGCUUGAGACCUAUGAUGGCUCAGACAGUGACCAAGAGGCAGCUGAGAAGUUGGAUGAUGGAGCAGACACGGAAAGCCCCCGGCCCUUUGACACCUCUUUCCAGAAGGAGGAGCAGCCUUCCCCAAGUAUCAAGUUCAACAUUCACUAUGCACAGGGACACAACAAACCCAAAGACCCGAAUCGCUUUGGCCGAGACCGCAUCUUUGGUGCCGUCACGAGGGGGAAUCCCAAGGAGCUGGAAGGCUUGAAGGAGUAUUUGCUGAAAACGUUAAAGUUCCUCACUGACUCCGAAUUCACAGAUGGAAAAACAGGCAAGACUUGCUUGAUGAAAGCCCUGCUGAACUUAAAAGAUGGAGGGAACCCCACCAUCCCUUUGUUGCUGAGCAUAGACGAGGAGACGCAGAACCCCAAACCCCUCGUUAAUGUUCCUUGCAAGGAUAACUACUACAAAGGCCACACAGCUCUCCACAUUGCCAUCGAGAAGAGGAAUCUCGGUUUAGUGAAGCUGCUGGUGGAGAACGGGGCAAACGUCCACGCCAAAGCUUGCGGCAUGUUUUUCCAGCAGAGGAAGAAAGGGGCGUGCUUCUACUUUGGUGAGCUCCCCUUCUCCUUAGCCGCUUGCACAAACCAGCCAGAGGUGAUGGACUAUCUCCUGCAUAAUCCUCACCAGCAAGCCAGGCUGACCGAACAGGAUUCUCUGGGCAACACUGUCCUGCACGCGUUAGUGACAGUGGCUGACAACACUGAGAAAAACACAGAGCUGGUCAUCAAGAUGUACAACAUGAUCCUGAUGGAAGGUGCCAGGAUCAACCCAACAUGGAAAAUGGAGGAAAUUGUCAAUAAGGAAGGGCUGACCCCUUUGAAAUUGGCCGUCAAGACUGGCAAAGCAGAGAUCUUCAAGCACAUGAUUCGCCGGGAGAUCAAAGACCCUGAUUUUCGGCAUCUUUCACGCAAGUUCACUGAAUGGACAUAUGGUCCAAUCCACAUUUCUCUCUACGAUAUGUCCUUCAUUGACAGCUAUGAAGAAAACUCCGUGCUCGAAAUCCUUGCCUAUAGCAAUGACACACCAAAUCGGUACAAAAUGGUGGUUUUAGAGCCAGUGAACAAGCUACUCCAGCACAAAUGGGACUCUUUUGCUGCCCGGAGGUUUUAUCUCAGUUUUGCCUGCUACGUGAUGUUCUUGAUCAUCUUCUCAGCUACUGCUUACCACUGGCGCCUGGAUGGGAAGCCCCCUUUCCCCAUGACGCCAUCCCCUGGGGACAUAUGGAGGCUCAUCGGCCAGGUCAUCGUCUUCUUAGGAGGCCUUUAUCUCUUUUUGGCCCAGAGUGUUUACCUGUGGAGGCGGCGCCAGUCCUGGAAGAGCCUGCUGGUGGAUGGCUGCAUUGAAUUUUUUAUAUUUGUGCAAUCAGCUGCCUUGCUGCUUGCAGCUGUGACCUACCUCGCAGGGUUGGAAGAACACGUGAUUUUUCUGGUUUUCUCUCUGCUGCUGGGCUGGGUGAACGUCUUAUAUUACACGCGUGGCUUUCAGCAGAUGGGGAUCUACAUUGUCAUGAUACAGAAGGCCAUCCUGAGGGACCUUCUCCAUUUCAUCAUGGUCUAUGUGAUCUUCCUCUUUGGUUUUGCAACAGCCCUCAUCAUCCUCACUGCGACAACCCCUCAGUUGGCCCAGAACAGCUCUGCCCCCCUCGAUGGUGACGACAAAGGCCCAGCCAUGUACACGGGGCUCUUCAAGACCUCUCUGGAGCUCUUCAAGUUCACCAUCGGGAUGGGCGACCUGGAAUUCCAUGAGCACGUGAGGUUCAAGUACUUUGUGAUGCUGCUCCUCCUCCUCUUCGUCAUCUUCACCUACAUCCUCUUGCUGAACAUGCUGAUCGCCUUGAUGAGCGAGACGGUCACCAACGUCUCUGGAUACAGUCAGAGCGUCUGGAAACUCCAGAGAGCCAUCGCUAUUCUGGAGAUCGAGAAGAACUGGGUCUGGUGCUGGGCGAAGCCACCAAGAGCAGGAUACUUUCUGAACGUCGGCUCCGAAACCAAGAAAGAUGAGAGGUGGCUUUUCCGGGUGCAGGAGGUAAACUGGGUAGACUGGAAGAAAGAGGUGGGAGCCCUGAAGGAGGAUCCAGCAGAUGCCAACACUUCGAAGCCUGAACUUGAAGCGCAGAGCAUCCUGAGCCAGCUCUCGGCACGUAUAAUGGCACGAACAGCUACGCCAGAGGAGGACGAGAUGCCACUGCAUGACAUCAGCCCCUGAGCGACACAAAACCACAGCAAGGCUGGGAUGAGAGAAAGGGUACCGAAUAACUCAUUGCCACCAGUCUGAAUUCUUGUGAAAUCUGGCCUCAUCCAGACCAAUACCCGACUGGAUGAUACCGGGGAUUUUCUCCCACCAUCCAGAUGACGCAAGGCUGAAAUUGGGACCCAUUGUUGCAAAAAAUAAAAAUCAUGGCUUUGCAGGCUUUUCAUGUAGCUUUUAUACUUAAAAAGAAAACUAUAAGCUAACUAAGUGCAGCAGAGAAUUUUUAAUCGUUUUUUGAAAAAAUAAAAUUUAAGCCAUUUCCUUUUAGGAAGCUGAAUUCUUACAGAGAAGAGAAGUUGAGGUUUAGGAAUAAGUGUGUGGACAGAAACCCCAGUAAGAGGAGGGGGAUACUGCAUCUGGAUGAGACCACUUGGUCACUGUUGAGCUGCCUUUACUGAGCUAAGGAUUGGGGAAAUUUGCUUUUACAUUAGGGGCAAAGCAAUUAUUUCAACAUGGGAUGAGGAAAAUCUGUCAUUUUUCCUUUGUCUCUCAUUUUUUUAAAAUUUAAAGUUCUUUCUCUCUGGCAUAUGAAAAAAAAUAUGUGAAAGUUGGUAAAUUCAUCCAGUAUGUACUGAAA